AGUCCAUCCCUACCGGCGUUUUGUUAAAAAUAUCUUUAAGCGUGCUGCGGUUACCGCCAAAAUGGAUUCCGUUUUAUGCUUAAUGUUGCUGAUUUUGGCAGCCAACCACGGUGCUGAAGCAGCUAGGUUGAACCACCCACGUGUGCUGCUGCCAAUUUUUGAGGAGAAGGCCAUUAACUUCACCCUGGAAGUCGACGAGUCCAAUUGCUACAAAUGGUCAGCCUCCCGCCAGGAUCUAAUAUCUAUCAUGCCUGUCUACAAGGGCUUCAGCGAAUGUGCUUACCAGGCGGUGGUAACGGUGCGUACCCACGAGAGGCGACGGAACACAGCGAUUGUCUUUGCGGAGGAGGCUCACACGGGCGAGACACUGCGCUGCGACGUGAUUGUGGAUGUUAUCGCCAGCUUAAACGUGCGAACAGCCACCCGGCAGCUCUACCUCGAGGAGGCGCCUGCCAUGUUCGAACUGCACGCUUUUGAUGAGCAGGGAAACGAGUUCUUCACCUUGGAGGGCAUUGAGUUUGAUUGGGAGAUUUCGGAACCCAAUAGCAAGAAGCCCGCCGCUAUGCGCUACCUAACCUUCACGGACAGUCCCUAUCACACGACUCCGCCCGCCCUGGAGAAGUUUGAGGCGGAGGGUACUAAGGGGUACAUGAUCCUCCUUGAGGGCAUUAACACGGGCACAGCCAAGGUAAAAAUCGGCAUGCCCCAGGUCGAGUACAGGCACGUGAAGCCCAUUGAAGUUUACAUCAAUGUCUUGGCCAACAUUAUUAUAGAGCCCUCCGAAGUCACCAUUCUGGCCGGCGACUCCGUCUCAUUCCGUAUCCUGCAGCUGAAAAUGGACCGACUGCACGUUAUAGACAACAAGCAAUACUACUUGGAGGUGGAGGAUGUCAGCGUUGCCAAACUACAUGGCAACAGUGCCACUGGAUCGGCUUUGGGUCGCACUCAGGUCUUUCUACGGGAUCGCAACAUGGCAGACUCGGAUAACGCCACUAAGGGACCGAGCGCCCUUUUGACUGUGGCGGAGCCCCAAAGGCUGGGCAUCAGCUUGCUACCCCAUCUCAAUUGGGCCACGGUGCAGGGCGUGCGUCACGAAUUGGCCUUGGACCUAUUUACCGCUGACGGGCAGAAGAUCACGCUGGGCAGCCGGUAUUCCAUUAGCUCAGAGGUGGACGAGACCCUAUUCGCAAUUGAUCACCGAACUCGAAACGGGAGUCGGCUUGUCGGUGAAGCGAAAAAGGAGGGUAUCACUCAAGUGUACGGAUCAUAUAAAGACCUGUCGGUACAAGCUGAGCUUCAGAUCUUUGAAGAGCUUAAGCUGAUACCAACCAAGGUGGUACUGCCCUACGAUCAAAGCAGUUUGAAACCGUUAGAGCUGCAGUUUCAUGCUUCUGGCGGAGACAACAACUACGCUUGGUUCUCCGGAAACCCGCAGAUGCUUCAAAUAGAUGCCCAGGGCUUGGCCAAAACUGAAAUCCGAGAUGUUCGACCGGCCCUCGUUCUCCAUGAGCGUCUUCAGAACGGCAGUUUGGUAGCCGCUCACACCACCGUCAAAGUGGCACUGACCAGAAACCAGAAAAUCUCCUGUCUUGCGCAGAUUUACUUCCUGCCCCCCAACAGACUCCAGAUUAAGCACAGCAACUUUGAGACAUCCCUGAACGGCUUUGUUUUCGUACAUGUCGGUGUGUACGCCCGAAUUAAUAAUUCAGACGUUCCCUACACGACUUGCAACAACCUCCACUUUCAGCUUGAUUUCAGCCAUCCCAUUUUACAGCUGGAGAGCAACGAGGAGGUACAGGAAGCGGUCCAUGAUGCGUGCCACGUGCUACGGCUUCGGGCUACCGCUGUGGGCAGCACUUCGUUACGCGUAUCAUACAUGUUUCAGGACAAAGUGCUUCAUGACACUGUAGACAUUUACGUUUUUGAGCCGCUGGGCGUGCUGAAUCCGCCGGAUAACGAGGUGGUGCUGCCCGUCGGUUCAUCCCGCAACAUUAUCUACUCAAACGGACCGCAGCGUAUUUAUACGCUGGCGGCCGAGCUAACCAAGUCCACUGAUUUCGAUGGCAAUAUAAUCAAGGUGUCUGAGAUAAAGUUCGACAUACAAAAUGCUAUUACCGCGUUCACGGUGCUGUGCCGCAAGCUGGGCCAGACUGAGUUCACUUACCGUGUCCACAAUAGUCUUUCCACGCCCAACUUCGCCGUCUACCGAUCCGAGGUGACCACCAAAGUGCAUUGCGUGCGUCCCCGCUUCUUAAAGCUCUACGCUCGCCACAACCUGCGCGAGUCCUGUCCCCUGGAACAGCGCUCCUCGCUACUGUCUAAAGAUCGGGAGAACAAGUUUGAGAUUGAAAUAGAGGUGCAGGAUUCAAAUAAUCGCCGGCUUAUGAAUGUGAGCUCUCUUCAGCUGGACUGGGAAUUUUCCGCGGGUGACGAGCGCUACCAUGAGGACACUGUUUUACACCGUCAUGUCACCGAGGAGAAAUUUGUUCACACCGUUAGCGUUCCGAACCGCGAUCUUCUCGUCCUAACUUUGAGCGAGGUGGCGCCCAACUUCCGCAUUAAAGGAACGGUGUCCCACUACAAAGAAAAGCUGCUCGCCGAGCAAGAUAUUUACGCGGAGCGUCCUGCUUUCGGACUCAAAAAUCCUAAAACGGGGUUGAUUGGCACGCCUCUAAUCGAAAACGAGAUACGAUUUCACACAGUCAACAGCACGCUGUUGCCUAAAGACCACAUCAGCAUUUUUCUUGCUAAGGGUCACAGCGAAGAAAUACCCAUCACUCAGGGCAGCGGUUACCUGCAGCUCGAGCUCUCCGAGGAGGGAAUCGUGCAGGUCGAAUAUGACGAGAAGACCCGCCUAUUAGUGUUGACGCCGUUGCGUUUCGGCCACGUGCGUCUCGAGCUGACCGACCGCUGUUUGACUAACGAACCCAGUCAUCUGUCCAUCUCCGUUGUGGGAAUUGGGGCCAUUGAAGUAGCUAGCAUGGACCGGAUGGAAAGGACUACUCGCAUUGAGGCGAUUGUCCGGGUCUUUGACACCAACGACAACCUUUUGCUUGUGGACCGAAACAUAUUGAGUGUGUACGAUCUAACUUAUCAGGUCUUGGACCAAAGCGUUUUGAGUGUGCGUUUAGGCGAGCAGAAUGACUUGCGACCGGGGGAAAUCCGCUACACCAUCACGGGCAACAACGUCGGCGAGACCAAGAUCGUUUUUCAGUCCGGAAGGGGCACCCUGCAGGUGACAAGUGAGCCGCUUAACGUUCAGGUUUUUGCCCCGAUUCGUCUCUAUCCGCGCACCUCAACUCUCGUGGUCGGCAGCAGCAUACAGAUCUACUACCAGGGCGGGCCGCAGCCAAACACCAAUAUGGUAUACACAGUGGAGUCGGAGCAAAUAGCAACUAUAAGGUCGUCUAUUGUUACGGCCCACAGGCUGGGGACCAGUAAGAUUGUAGGCAAAUUCGUGCUAAAAAACCCCAUAACCGGUAAGGACGAGGUGGUCUCUCAAGACUCGGUGGAAAUAAACGUGAUUGCCCUUAAGGGAGUGCAGAUACGCACGCCGCUGGUCCGAGUUCGUUGCGGUGCCGUAAUGCCUGCCACCUUGUGGGGACAUUCUGAUUUAUCGCCUAUGGUUCUGGGUACUCUGCAAAAUACGAAAAUCUCCUGGAAAGCUAGCCCAACGCAGGUGGUUGAAUUAUUUAACGUAUUCACGGGUGCAGGAAUCGAAUACCAAAGUGAAGACUUGAUAUCGGUCCGAGUAAGAGCCCUUAACCCCGGAAAGGUUACCAUAUCGGCAACCAUCAGUUUGGCGGAUGGAACUAUGCUGCCAGCAGCCACCGUGGAGCUAACUGUUUUUAAAACACUGGAACUGGUCGCACCAAAACCAAUCCAAAUGGAUUCCAUUUUGGCAGCGCCGCGAAGCAUUCUUCAGCUUAAGUCUAAUAUGGACAAUACGGUCUAUAGGACAGCCGGCCAGAGCAGUGGCAUUAUCAACGUAUCACCCGAUGGCCUUGUGCAAACAAAGGACAUUCUUGGCCGUGAUCUGAUAAUUGCUAAAACAGCGGACCAAACACUGUCUAUCGGAAUCGAAGUGAAGAAUGUACAAUACAUUUUGGUGACACUAAUACCAAACCUUAAACUUAGGAAAGUCGAACACAAGGUUCCGCGAGGUAUGAACUUUCUAUUUAAGAUAUCGCUACACGACAACCUGGGCAACGAGUUCUCACAUAAUAUCGAGGAUGCAAAUGGACUGCGGUAUGAACUGGCCACCAAAGAUGUGGUGGACGCCAAGAUAGAUAACAAUCUGACAAUUGCACUAAACCUGCAGCGGGAGACCAACAAUGUCAUCGCCAUCAGUCUAAGAGACCCAACUGGAGUCAAGCAUGCUGAGGACUACAUCAAGUUGUCAGUGGUCGAGUCAGAAAACAUCUUUCCCACCCAGACCAUUUUCUCUGUAGGCGACAUCAUUUGCUUCGAUUCACCGCUAACGCUGUCAUCGAUUUGGAGCAGUUCGAAUGAGCAUAUUAUUUCGAUUAAUAAACACACAGGUAUUGCUCGGGUAUUGAAUCAUCAGCACAAACUUGGUGAAAAGAUUGUGAUCACCAACGGCGACGAAGAAAAGCGCGGCGGUUUCAUUAAGUUUGACCUCGAAGUUCGCGAGUCUGAUGCGAUUGUUUUUGCCAAGUCAUUGGACACAUUCAGCGGAUCGGAGUAUCGGGGACAUCUAGUUCUCCGCAACCACGUACAGUCAGAAAAGUACAGUAACCUCAUUGCAAAAAACGUUUCCAAGUGCGCCGGACAGCUGGAUGGCAUGUCAGUGGAUGUCUUUUCCUGUCGGCUAGCUGCCAAAGAGGCGCUCGGUCGCCAAUUAUUAAAGUUAUACAAAGUGGAGGCUUUGUUUGAUGCCAGCGUUGGGCAGUAUUCUUGUCGACUGGAGCUGCUCUCAAGUUUCAUUGAGCUUCUGAACAUUGUCAAGACAAACGACGUCUACCUGGAGCUGGAGGUGGCGAUGGCCGACGGCAUUUUGGAUAAGAUGUCAUUGAAAUUAGUUCCCGGUAUCAAGGUGAUUCCUGAAUCAGUCCGAGUGACCGUCUUGAAGCCCCAGGAGAUCCAUGUUAGUGGACUGGACAAGGCAUUGCAUAAGGUUCAGGUUCAACCCUCUAAUUCAAAAUACAUUGCUGUGGAAUUUAUUGAGCACGGACAUGGUAUAAGUAAAUAUCGUUUACGCUUUUUUGAGGACCUUCCGCUGGAUGAGCACUUCUACCUUCUAGUAAUAUCGCCGGAAACAGAUCAGAGCAUAAAAGUACCCAUUGUCGGUAGUACAAUGCUGGCUCAAAAAUGCUCCAGCAGCUUUUAUGGUGGACCUUUGGUGUAUCGCAUGUUGGAGAAUCUCGGCUUCGUGCUUACCACCACGGUGAUAGUAAUUAUUUCUAUCUGGGUGUACAUGUCUUGUUUUCAAACACAGGGUGUCACGCAAGUCAACUCUGAGGUAUUUCAAAAAAAACAAUUAACGUCCACCAUUAACGGAUCUCCAAGAUCGAUGCAUCAGGACGACAGUUUUGGUGAUUCUUUCAACUUGCGAAACUAUUCUCCAAGUCGACGAGGCCAAAACACCGAUACUUUGUCGGAGGCCUAUGUUUACGGACACCCACGGCUAAACACUCCAAAUAGGUCAGGCAACUCGACUCGCUUUAAUUGAUUGCUUCGUGGAUACUUCAUGUUAAGACCGUCGCCAAUCCGUCUCGGGAAAAAUGUAAAAUUAAAUAGGAUUAACUCAGGCUGUAA